AUGCCGUUUUUGAUUACUGCUCUCGAAAUACAGUACAACUUAUAUCGUUGAGUCCAAGCGGAGAAGGCAUGGGUCCGAUCGGAGCCGUUAGAAUAUCCAUUCCUAAUAAUUAUCAAAACUUAGCGCAACUUAUUUUGUUACACAAUCACGAGGCAAAGACAGCCGAAUACACCAUUCAUUUCAAUCUGGAAAGUGAGAAACUUCGUUGGAUUGAAGCGGUCUCUCAACCGUCGUCCGAAAACCCGAAUGAAAUCAUUUACGAGGAGUGGGACUGCCCUCAAGUCCAAUGCAUUCGUAGUUAUUGUGCACAACAAACCGAUGAAAUCAGUUUAGAAGAAACUGACGUUUUG